GUUUAAGUGAAGAAGAAUGAAUAGGGAGGAGUGGCGACAGAGCAACUUUAGGGCCAUGACGACAUGUGGAAUUUCAAGGCAACUGGUACUGCUUCACAUCAUUCUCCUACUGCCAUGCUGUGUAUGGGUGGUUCUGGGUACGUCAUCAAGUAAAGUGUGUAAAUCUUGCCAUUUUAACGCAACAUGUAUGAAUGAAGAAAAGAGAUAUUAUUGUCAGUGUAACUUUGGUUUAAUUGGAAAUGGGAUUUCAUAUUGUAUAGAUAAAGAUGAGUGUCAGAUUGGAGCUAACAGGAUCUGUGGGAAUCACACAAAAUGCCACAAUACAUAUGGAAGUUUCUAUUGUGUUUGCCUGAAAGGCUAUAAGCCGUCCAAUAACAAUGAUACAUUUAUACCUAAUGAUGGUACUUACUGCACAGAUAUCGAUGAAUGCGAAGAACAAAAUAUAUGUGGACUUUAUGGAAAGUGUAAAAAUAUACCAGGGAGCUAUGAGUGCCGCUGUAAGGACGGAUAUAUGCCUCUGAACGGUACAGAACCAUUUCAGGCAGAUGGGGACGAUUCCUUUUGCACAGCUGUUGACUGUGGCCUACCACCGGUUAUCCCACAUUCAUAUGUUGACUUAGCAAGUAAAACCACAUUCGGAAGUCAUGUGAUGUACAGGUGUGCUCCAGGAUUCAUCUUACAAAGUGGACACAACAUGUCUUUCUGCACAGCUAAGGGAACAUGGGAAAAAGCGACUAUAAAGUGCAAAGUUAUUGAUUGUGAAUUGCCGCCGAAUCUUCCUAAUUCCCAAGUGGAUUCUCUAAGUAACACCACAUAUGGAAGCAUGGCAACGUACAGAUGUGCUGUUGGAUUUAUUGCAGAUGGCGGUCACAGCACAUCUGUCUGCACAGACAAGGGAACAUGGGAAGGAGCUUCUUUGAAAUGCAAAGCCAUUGACUGUGGACUGCCUUUGGCUUUGCCCAAUACUGUAAUCUUAUCAUUAAAUAACACUACUUUGGGAAACAAUGUCACAUAUGGGUGCGCAGACGGAUUUGUUGACGAAAAUGGUCUUUACAGUUCAGUUUGCACAGAAGAGGGAAAGUGGAAAGGAGCGACUUUACUGUGCAAAGCCAUUGACUGUGGACCGCCUUUGGUUUUGCCCAAUACUGUAGUAUCCUUAUUAAGUAACACUACUUGUGGAAAUACUGUGAGAUACAGAUGCUCUAAUGGAUUUGUUGCAGCCAGAGGCAAUGACACUUCAAUCUGCACAAAGCAUGGAAUCUGGGAUGGAGCUACUUUGGUGUGUAAAGCUAUUGACUGUGGACCUCCAUCGGUUUUAGCCAAUACUGUAAUUCACUCAGCAGUGAAUACCACUUUUGGAAAUAAUGUUACAUACAAGUGCACAAAUGGAUUUAUUUCAGAGAGCGGCUAUGAUACUUCAGUUUGUAUGGAAAAUGGAAAAUGGGAAGGAGUCACUUUGUUGUGCAAAGCCAUUGACUGUGGGCGGCCAAAGCCUUUACCUCAUACUGUAAUAAAUUCACCAAGUAAUACAAAGUUUGGAAAUAUUGUGACCUAUGAGUGUGCUGAAGGAUUUGUUGCUGACAGCGGAAAUAGCGCCGCAGUCUGCACAGCAGAUGGAAUCUGGGAAGGAGCUACUUUGAUAUGUAAAGAGAUAAACUGCGGGCUUCCACCUUCUAUACCUAAAACAGAAAUGAUUUGGAGUGGAGCUGCUAAGCUAGGAAGUGAAGUGCACUACAAAUGUGUGAAAGGCUUUUAUAACUCUGAGAACCAGACUGUGUCAAGAUGCACUUUAAAUGAAUCCUGGGACAAUGUAACGUUUACAUGUAAAGUAAAAGAAGAUUUAAUAAGCAGCCUAUCAGUUUUCAAUGAUACAUGCCUACGAUGGAAGAAAAGUAUUGAAGUAUUAGAUUGGACUAUAUUCUAUGAGCUCAUCAUUUUAGGAACAAGGUGGCACAAAAAGGAUUUUAUUCAUGAGAUGACUCUGAACGUUACUACAGACAGUGAAUUUCCCACCAUCUGCUUAAAUCUUUUCCCAGGAGCCAAUUAUACUGUAACAGUCAUAGCUGUUUCACCUGAACUUCCAAAGCUAAAAAUGAAUAUAUCACUACAAACAGCUAUGAGAAAAGAGUUUGAAGAAAUCACAAUACUCAAUGAGACGUGCCUGCAAUGGACAAGACACUUUGGACAAGUUGGAAUACUGGAAGUUUAUACAGUUUUUAUUCAAGGUAGAAAACAAAAUCCGGAAUUGCUUCAAAACAUAAUGUUUAACUUAAGCACUGAAAAGAAAAUUGUAGUUCUUUGUCUAGACCUUCCGUCCUCAGCAGAAUAGAUACAUGUUACAGAAUCAUCAACAGGAUUCUCUGCGAAUCAGCUAAAUAUUUCAGAAUCAGCAAAUAAAAAUGGAAUCAUCAGUGGCACAACCUUAUUAAAUGAAACAUGUUUGCUGUGGAAUAGACGUACAAGCAGAAAUGGAUUUCAUGAGAUAUACAACGUAUACUUGCAAGUCGGUAGAUGGCACCCAAAGGAAUAUCUUCAGAAUUUGCUCUUCAACAUUAGCACUGACCAUAAUGCAUCUACUAUGUGCUUGGAGAUACCAGUUGGCUUAACUGUAACAGAAGCUCCUUCAAAUUUUGCUGCUCAGAGUCAGUUUCCUUCUGUAGUUAAUGGACCAAUUAUUAAAAACCUAACUAUUGUAAAUGAAACAUGUUUGCACUGGAUACGAGAUUCCAGAAUAAGAGAAUUAUAUAUGAUUUUCAUCCACGGUGUUAGGUGGUAUGAUAAAGAUUUCAAUCACAAAGUGAUAGUUGUCUGCUUAGAACUGCGCCCAGGCACUAACUACACUGUGACUAUGCACUCAGCUGCAUGUCCGCUCUGCCUAGCAAAACAUCUCAGUUACAACCAAAAUUGCAGAGAACACCUAGGUAGCCUCGAGCAGAGCACAUCUCUGGAGAAGUACUCCCAUCAAGUGCUUGAAUAUCCAUCACUACCUAAAGUGAUUUUUGUAGCCACACAAGGUCAGUUACCAAGAGUGAGCUUUCAAGCAAUUGAAGAAACACAUGGACCUAUCAGUUCUUACCAGGUGUUUGUGAUGCAUUUGGUGUCGCUGUGUACUUUUACUUGUGAGUCCUUGGAGGUGGUGUCAUAUUUCAGUAACAUGUCCAGUGCUCUUGGAUACAUCACUGCAGAGUUCUUUCCCAGAGAUAUUUCUGAUCAUCUAGAGUUCUCACUUGGGGACAGACAAUACUAUGGGGACUUCUACAAUGCUCCUUUAGUCCGAGAAAAAGACUAUUGCAUCAUAUUAAGGAUUGUGAGCAGCUGGAACAAGAUGACAACACAAUCGUGUAUGAUUCUGGCAGAAAUAAAAGACUCAUCACCCCAGCAGCAUCAUAUGAUAAUAGUCAUAUUGGGCGCAAUAGCUUUUGUAUGCUUCACCUUAUUUCUAUCCUACUCAUUUGCACGGUGUUGUAAACGAUGGUGAAAAGUACAAAGCUUCAAUGCUCUACCACUUUGAAUGACCAUAUAAUGUGAUAUCCAAUGAUGUUAAACCACAGACAGACAUUGUGUUUCUAUAAUGCUGAGACAGAUACCUAUUGAUGAAGCAUGUUUUAACCAUUUUUAACAAAACAACAUAAACUGGAGACACCAUAGAGCUCUACAUUGCCUAGAUUAGUGCUUUGCUUUUAAGAAAGUCACUGGGCAUUUACAAGAGGUAUCUGUUGUUUUAUCAACAGGGAACUGUUCUGACAUCUACCAACCAGGAAAAGACUCAACGGCUUUGCAAACUAUUGGUUAUAAAGUUGUCCAAAGCCUUUUUAAAAUAUUGGCACAACAUAGUACUGUAGUGAAGCACAGCAGAUUUCAGCAAUGGAAAUAUUGACAGCUUAUUAAAAUAAAAAUUCAGGCUUGUUUUUGUUUUCUUUUUGGUCAUUUUACUUGAAAAUGUAUAGAUGUUUCUAAUCUAUAUUUAUUGAAUAUAAUUAUAACCUUCGUUUUAUACUGUUUUAAGUAAUGUAUUUUUCUGUUUUCUGCAAAUAAACAUUUUUUGUUUA